GCAUAGCAAGCAUAUAGGCACGAAAUCCACCCGGAUAUAAGUCAACAAGAGAAGGAGUACACCGAAACAAAACAAAAGCAAGCAAGCCCGAUUUUGCAAUUGACACCAAACGAUAGCAGCGCAAAGAAAGUCCUACUAGCUAAAGAAAAGCAAGGAAUAAAAAAAACACACACAGACACACGAUGGAUACCAAAGCAGCAUCAGCGGGACCCGCCCCGACGCAUUUACCCUCGUCCACAUAUCCAGCGACGUCACCGUACUCGAAGGGAGCCCGGUCGUCGCAUCAGUAUUUUAGUCUAAGAUGGAACAACUACCAAUCCAACAUGACAUCCGUGUUUCACGAGCUGCUCGAAUCGCAAUCCUUCGUCGAUGUAACGCUCGCCUGUGAAUACAACUCGCUGAAGGCACACAAGGUGGUGCUGUCGGCGUGUUCGGCAUACUUUCAAAAAAUUCUUCUCGACAACCCUUGCAAGCAUCCGACCAUCAUACUGCCGGCAGAUAUCUGCUUUUCCGAUCUGCAGUUCAUCAUCGAGUUUGUGUACCGCGGGGAAAUCGAUGUGUCCGAGGCAGAGCUACAGAGUUUACUACGGACGGCAGAACAGCUAAAAAUUAAGGGUCUGUGUGAGGUGGGCGAACCACAGUACGAGCAGGAUUACUCGCCAGCGUUAAAACGUUACAAACCGUACCGGUCACGAUCGCCACCGGACAACCGGCAUCAGCACCAUCACCAUCAGCAACCACCGCCCCCACCACCACCACCGUCCGGCUCAUCGGGCACGAGUAGCGGUGGCCGAUCGGGCGGUUCGGGAGCAGUAGGAGGAGGAGGAGGUGGAGGAGGAUCGCACGGGAGUGGUAGCGGUGGCAGUAACAAUAACAGUUCGUCUUCCUCCCAAUCGACGGGAUACAGUGAGAACGGCAAGGGCUGUAGUACGGGCAAGGGCGGUACCGGCGGAGGUGGCGGCGGAAUCAUAGGAGGAAUCGGGUCCGGGGCAGGACGUAGCCUUUUUCAUCCUUCCCAGCAUCAUCACCCGCUGCACCACCAUCACCACCAUCACCAUCCGCACCUGCAUCAUCUGCAUCACGGUGGUGACACGCGAACCGCUGGCGGCCAUCUUGUCGACGAGGACGAUGAUGGAUCACCGUCCUCGGUGUUAGUGGUCGAAACGCACGAUCUAAGCACGUCCGGUUCGAAGGACAAACAUUAUCAGCAGCACCAUCAUUCGUCGCAGCACCAGCAACAGCAGCAGCAGCACCAUCAUCCUCACCAUCCCCAUCAUCCGCCUUCGCAGCAGCAUCCCCUCGGAAGCAAAAUGGCCAGCCUAGGGAUGGGCGUUGGAAUAAAUGGUUCCGUUAUGGGCGUACCUAUGGGUUAUUUGGACUUUGCGCCAGAGCCUCCAGCACCGACAGCGACACCAGUGACAGAACAUGUGGACAUUAAUUGUGCGCCUAGUAGCCACGAUACACGUGAUCUGUCCAGUAAGUAUUCUGUGCCAAACGAUGGUGAUUUACGAGUGAAAUUCGAAACGUUACGUUCGCUAGAUCCUCCCAAUGCGGUUCAACUGGACAAUCACGCUGUCAGCCAUCAGCAGCAGCUCCACCAUCAGCAACAACAGCAGCAGCUUUUGCAGCAACAGCAUUUACUACAACAGCAGCAGCAGCAGCAGCAACAGCAGCAACAGCAGCAACAACAGCAACAAAGACAGACACCUCAGCCAGCGGGAGCUCAACAGCAGCAGAACGAUCAGCGGCACUCGCCACCACACAUGCAGCAACAGCAGCAGCACGUGAUGCUGAUCGAUCAGCAACAGCAACACCAUCCAACCACACACAGUCCGGCAUCGAGCGUCUCGUCCUCGUCAUCCAGCCAGCAUCCGGAGAAUUUGGUAACCGGUAGCGGUGGUGCCGCCGGCUCCGUAACACCGGGUCCGGCCACCAACAACAGCAACGGAAAUGGAAGUGGUCCACCGGCGAGUGGGGACGAGAUGAAGCCGAGACUGAAUCUGAAGCAGGAAAAUCUUAGCGAUGGCGGUGCCGACCAACAUCAAACGAUGGAGGUCGAACAGGAUCAAUCGUCGAUGCACGGCAUGGUGGUGACGCCGGAAAUUUCGGGCAUCAUGAACCAGAGCCAAAUGAGCGAUAUGUAUCAGUCGGAUGCAAGCGAAGAUUCGAAGGUUGGCAUACUGGAUGGGUCGUCGAUACAGUACACAAACCUGACGAGUCCGAACGAAGCAAAAACGCCUACCGGGCCGAAAACAUGGACUGCGGAAGAUAUGGAAUCGGCGCUAGAAGCGCUACGUUCACACAACAUGAGCUUGACGAAGGCAUCCGCUACGUACGGUAUUCCAUCGACGACGCUGUGGCAACGUGCGCACCGGCUCGGCAUUGAUACGCCGAAAAAGGAGGGCCCGUCUAAAACGUGGAACGAAGAUUCGCUCAACAGCGCCCUGGAAGCGCUGCGGACGGGCACGAUCUCCGCCAACAAAGCGUCGAAAGCGUUCGGCAUACCGUCGUCCACGCUGUACAAGAUCGCGCGCCGUGAAGGCAUCCGGCUGGCGGCACCGUUCAAUGCGGCGCCCACCACCUGGUCCGCGGAGGAUCUGGACCGUGCCUUGGAAGCGAUCCGCGCGGGGCAAACGUCGGUACAGAAGGCCAGUACGGAGUUCGGUAUCCCGACCGGUACGCUGUACGGGCGCUGUAAACGCGAGGGCAUCGAACUGUCACGUUCCAAUCCGACGCCCUGGUCGGAAGACGCGAUGAUGGAGGCCUUGGAGUCCGUAAAACAAGGACACAUGUCGAUCAAUCAAGCCGCCAUCCACUAUAAUCUACCGUACAGCUCGCUGUACGGUCGGUUCAAGCGGGGCAAGUACGAUACGCCCAGCUCGGGAGGCGGCGGCGGCGGCGGCGGUGGCAGUUCGUCUAAUGCUGCUGCUGCUGCUGCUGCUACCGGUGGUGGUGGUGGUGGCGCGGGCAGUGGCGGCAGUAACGGUGGCGCCAACGCCACCAGUGCCGGUACAGGUGGCAGUAAUGUUGGCGGUAGUCCCCAGAUGGAGUUUAAGAUAGAACCACAGCAUAACGAUCAUAGUCCAGAGAACACGCAACAUUACAAUCCUGCACUAUCGGCUUCCUCGACGCCUACAAGUAACACACCGACCCAGCAGCAGCAGCAGCAGCAGCAGCAACAACAGCAACAGCAGCAACAACAGCAGCAACAACAGCAGCAGCAGCAGCAGCUUACCCACCAUUUAGUGCAACAGUCUCCAUCGGUACUACCGGUCAGCAUUCACAUUGUCGAUGCGGCCCAUCAUCAUCUGACGCAUCCACACCAGCAGCUACACCACCAGCAGCAGCAACUUACGCAGCCGCAGCACGUGGUGGUGGCGCAACAUCAGCAGCAGCAGCAGCACCAUCAUCUGCACCAUCAGCCACAGCUAAUACAGCAUCACAUCAUUCCGCAGCAACAUCACAUCAUCUAUCAGCAGCCGCUGCAACCGAUCCAGCAGCAGCCCCAGUAUCAUCCGAUGUAUCACAUCAUCAAGCAGGAAAAUGAUAGAAGUUGAAAGCACCGGCGCACUCGCCAACAUCAUCGGUAUGGCGGCACGCAUCACCAACAGCAGCAGCAGCAGCAGCAGCAACCGCAGCAACAGCAGCAGCAGCAAACGCACGAUGAUCACGAACAUCGCCAGCAUCAUCAUCACAAUCUGCACCAUCAGCAGCUGUAUCAUCAACAGCAGCAACAGCACCACCAUCAGCCAAUGCACUACGACGAUGGCGCAUGAUUGUACGACGACUGAACAGGGAGAGAACAAUCGUAGGAAGUUAAUAACCGUUUAGCAUGGUCCCAGCAUGGAGAAAAGCUGCACACUGAAGGAGAGUAGUCUGAGUAUGGUAAAUCAAAAUUGAAACAAGAUCGCGACGCAAUCCCGUCGCGCACUAUAAAACACACUAAGGAAUGCGUACCGGUGAGGAGGUGCAUUUUUUUGAGUUGUGUAGCGAUAGUGAAUCCAAUACUAAAAAUGCUCUUAUACCUCUUCUUAAGUAAAGCUUAAGUUCCCUGUUUUGCGAGACUGGAUGUACAGAACAGUAAUCAAUACAUGUGUGUGUCUGUGGACAAGCUCCAGAGGGACAAGAAGACGAUCGAAUACUGCGUGGGGCUGAUAUUAAAGUAGGUAACGAAGGAAGCGAAAACAAUAAACGUGUUAGACAAUGCGCACGUGUGAGUUGCGGCGGGGUCGGGCAAAGCAAUGUGUCAAGGAUGCGUCACUGUCGGUCCAGUGUGCAGCAGGAAUGUGUUGGACGUUUUGAACCAUUAUUCGCCUUAAAACAGUGCAGGUUAU